GACCUCUUUUCUCAUUUCUUCCCUUUUGUGCCCGCCCUUGUUUGUUGCUUUGCUAAAGAUGGCGUUAGCGGCUAGCCACAGCGUUUGCAUUUUUUUUCAAUUUGUUUUUCGAUGAUCUGUAACAAAAUAACGAUGAAAUGGGAAUAUUAGAUGGACAUAAAGGCAUAAUAUUGAGCAGAUACGCCUCUGUAAUGCAGAAUAAAGGUCGUUUGGUUUGAUCGUCGCGUAGGCCUGUUUUUCAGGGAGUGGACCGGAAGAGUGAACUCCAUUUCCCAUCAGUGACUGCGGUGUCAGGUGGUACAAGUUUAAUUGUUUCUCCCCCGGUGCCUAUAUCGUGUUAGAAAUUACCAGAGGCUUUAAAAAAGUUUUAUUAUUUUUAUGUAAAUUAUUAUUUUCCAUUUGGAUGAAUUAUCUGACAUUUAAAAGUGCGUAGAUAUGCUUUUUCAUUUCUGGGAGUUUCAUUGGAAGUGUCCAGUGGUGACCUAUUAUGUUUGUGGGGACAGACAAGAGGGAUAUUUUUGCCUGACAGUUUGAGGAGUCAUGGCUGGAUCAUCAAUAAAGAGUGAAUGGAAGCACUCCAGACCCCCCUCCAAAGACAGCCACUCUGCACUGCCAGAGUCAUCUCUGUCCUGGUGUUUGGCGCACCUCUACAGAUCUGGACCAGGGACUGAAAACCAGGUGGAUGCAGGCUCUGGUAAAGACGUGGACAAAAGAUUUCGAGUCUCACAAUGGCGAGCCCUGGUUGCUAUUCGGACCCAGCACAUCAAGGCUGGGAAGGCUGGCAUUGCCAAAUUCAGAGGUUAUGGUGGACUCCGGCCUUUGAUGAAUCUCCUCAAACAGUCUGAAUGCCCAAGGAAGACUUUGGACCUGGCCCUCAGCAUCCUGGGCAACUGCUGCACAGAACAGGACACACGCAGAGAGGUUCGGAAGAUGGAUGGGAUUAAUGUUCUAGUUGACAUCAUGAAGAGAAACGUGACUCUGGAAUCGGUUCUGAACCGAGCAGCCCGGGCUCUGGGGAACUUGGCCAUGGAUCCAGACGGCUCUCACCUCAUCCACUCUGCAGGUGGCGUUCCUCUUCUCGUCCUCUGUCUGUCCAUGUCCUCGGCUCCGUCUUCCCCCACCGCUGCUCCUCCCGCAGAGUCCUGCCUCAAACUGGAGUGUGCCCAGUCUGCCGCCCGGGCUCUCCUCUACCUCUCAGAUACCCCUUCGAGUCGCCUCUCCCUGAUCACCCAGGGAGCUUUUUCGGCCCUCGCCCCACUCAUCGCUCCAGAGUAUCCUCAGGGGUUGAGGCGGGUGUCGCUGAAGACCCUCCAUGAGCUGACCAGAGGCUGCGGCAUGGAAUGUGCCAGGGAGGUGUCUCGUUCUGGGGUUCUGGCCCAGCUGGGUCUCAUGGUGUCGGAGGACUCGGGGAAAGGCUUCGAGGAGCUGGCCCUGAAAACUCUGGCCAACAUGUGCGCUCAGGGCUGCUUGCGCCCCCUUGUGGGCUCGCUGGGUGUCAUCCAGAAAUUCACAGAGGAGAUCAAAAAGGACCCUUUGAAGUCGGGAGUCUUCCUCAAGGCUCUUUGCCUGUGCUGCAAAGAGGCCGUAAAUCGGGCCAAAGUGAAGGAGAGCGGGGGCUUGGAGGUUCUCACCAGCUUUUUAGCUUCUCAUCAGAACCACUCGCUUUCCAGGCUGGCCAUUCUGGCCUGCGUGGACUUUGUUUUUGACGAGGCCGCCAUGGAGCAGCUGCAGGAGCUGGGGCUCGUCCCGCUUCUGGUCGCACGGCUUGUCAAGAUCACCAGAGAAGAGGAGCAGACCGCCGAGAAGCUGGAUGCCAGCUCCUUAUCCGGCACAUCUCCAAAAGAGCUGCUACCCACGUCGUGUUUGGAGUCCUUUGAUUUCCCCCCUCCAGAGGGAAGCAAGAAGGAGGAAGCCUGCAGAGAGCAAGGAUCCUCGAGCUUUCUGAGUCUGAGAUCCUGGCUGCUGUCUGAAGGAUUAAUAUCUUCUGAAGGGGACCUUCUGGAUUCGUCCCGUGUGGAUGGAGAAUGUGCGAGUCUUCCAUCAUCUUCUCCAAGCUCUUCCUCUCUUAAAACCGCUCAGUCUCCUAAAGUUGCCGUCACUCCGUCUGCGUCCUCUUCGUUUUCCCCCGCGCCGUCCUUGUUUUCCACUGGUUCUUCUUCACCUGCCUUCUCUUCCUCUUCAGAGACGUACAGUUAUUCGUCUCCUUCCAGCGCGCUGGAGACUAGUUCCUCUGCUUCCUCUAAGACAAGUCAAGCCUCGGCCUCUCCGUCAAAGUUCUCCUCCCCACAGAAGAAGAGAAGAGUCAGUUCAGCGUCUCUCCUCGCUAAAGUCACUCUGGACUCCCCUCCGUCUUUGCCUCGGCCGGCAGCGGCUUACCAACACCCGUACCACCCCGAACCCUGGACGCCCGAAUCUCCCGUCCUGCUGCUGCUGUCCCGCUUCUCCCACGCCGGCGACCCGAGCGGCGCUCUGGUCAGCUCUGGUGUCACGUCUGGGCUGCUCUACUACCUCACUCAGCACCAGGACCCGAGCAGCAGGUGCUUCCGUUUGCUCAGCCGCCUGAGCUGCAACCCAAACUGCUUGCAGGCUCUGGUCCGGACGGGUUCGGUGGCGCUCAUUCACCAUCACCUCUGCCAAACUAAAGGAGGAGAGGAGAGGCAGACGGAGAGAGUGAAGGCCAAAGUGAAACAGCUGGGCGUCGCUGUUCUGAAUAACCUGCGGGUUCAGUGCGAGUCGGGCUUUGGUUCCGGCGUCCUUUCCCAUGUGAUGCUGUCGGGCUCGGAGUCAGACAGGAUGAACUGUGCGCUGUCUCUGCCUUUCUUAAACAGCAACAAAACUCUGUUGAGGAAGCUUCUUCUCGACACUGGGGGUCUGCUUCUGGCUCUGAAACCUCUGGGUCUUGACGCUGACGCUGAUGAUGAUGACGAUGAGGAGGGGGACGAUAAAGAUCACACCGUGGAGUGUGGCCGGCUGCUUCCCGACCUGAUGAAUUUACCCCCCUCCGGUCGGACCUCUCGCCUCCGUUCUCUGUACGUCUCUCUCCUGAUUGGAUGCUUGUCUGCUUUGACCGCUAAAGCUGACGUAGCCAGAACAGAUAGGCGCUCACUGCCGUCACGCAGUCACCCUGAAGUGGACUCCACCCCUCCCUUGAAAAAGCCCCGCCUUUCCGACACCUGCCCGUACGGUCUGUCGGCGUCCGACUUGUUCCUGCUGCUGGACGACGGCAGCCGGCUCCCGGUCAACAGAGCGGCCGUGGGCGGGGCGGAGGGAGCGGGCGAAGUGCACUCGCAGUACUUUCGGGCUCUGUUGAGAGGAGGCUUUGGAGAAGCUCAGACUAAAGCAGAAGAAGCCAUAAGAAUCAAAGACGCAACUACAGGAAUGCUGCUCCCGCUGCUUCAUUACCUCCACGGGUGUCGUUUUGGCGGGGAAACCAGUCAGGGGGGCGGGACAAAAGCAACGUGUCUGAUCCUGGACACAUUGGUCCACGAUGGACUCAACAUCUGCCAAACGGCCAAAGAGCUUUCAACCAAAGACGCGGUUUUUCUGAAGACCCCUUUAGGCGAAGCGAUGGUGGGAGCGUGCAGGUUUCUGGUGGAUCCGCUGCAGAGAGACUUAGAGGAUCUUUGCGUUUCGCUCCUGUGGUCCAGCUCCUCAAAGGCUGCUCCUCGAGGAGAACCCGCUGCAGACCGGAACGCAGAAAAGCGGAAGCUGGAGCAGGAGUUUGCUGAGGUGAACCUGGCGAGUCCAACAUGUGAGGCAGAGCUGACGGGACUGAAGUGUCCUCUGCUGCAAACUGAGAGGAAGAAAAGGGGUUUUUCUGGAGCAGAGCACAACAUUUGCACAGGACUGGAUGCUUUGAGCGAAGUCACAACCAAAAAAGUGUCUCCUGCUUCAAAACCAGUAAAAGAACCCCCCCAGUGGGGUGAGGAGCCGGCAGCUGCUGGCCUCGUGGCCUCGCUGCUUCCUCAGAUGUACUGCUUCUCGCAGCGCUACAACUACCCCACAUUGGGUCGGACGUGCCUGUCCCUGCUGCUCGGCGUCCGGGAUGGGCCCCCGCUGUUCCCGUCCUCGUCCGCCGCCGGAGUUUGCCUCCGUAGGUUAGCCAAGACGGCGGACAGCACAGAGACUCUGAAGCAGGACCUGCUCCAUCUGGCUUCGGCCGCUCUCAGCUGAAGACAUCCCGACCACGAGCUUCCAGCGAUUCCACAAACUCUUCACAUCCACUGGAGCUCCAUAAACGAAAAAGAUCUGCUUCUUUUUAUAUAAUUGGACCUGUCCCUUCAUGAUAAGCUUCUGUUCCAGUUUUUAUUUUAUUUCUUACAACAGUAUUAUUUUUCUUCUGAAGCUGUGCAUUGGAUGGACAUCAGAGCAUCCCUGAACCGUCAUGUAGCUGGACUUAAGGAAUGCUGUAGGAGCCGGUUAUUUAUUUUGUACAUAGAGAUGCUAUGGAACGACACACGUGCACUAACAGCUGUCAGAUAUGAUGAGUGUGCAGCUAAAUAUAUUCUUUGAACAUCAA